AUGUUGGAGCACCAGCAGAGCAAACAGGCACCGAAGAACCCAACUGUAGAUGGCGGUAAUGGGUCCUUCCUCCCAAUGUUCGAUUUCGACGAGAUCGAGGAGAAACUGCAGCAGCAGGCAGCUGCCUCCGAUCCUGUCCAUGCCCCCUCCAUUGAUGGUGAGUGGGAGGACAACGAUGGUACCGUGGUCAUCAUCAAGAACCGGCGCAUGCGCGGCCCAGAUGGAGUCGAAGUGGAGGUGACUUUCCCUCGGCCCGAUGCGGUCGUGUUCACGCCCAGCCCCGGUGCUCCGAGCUUUGAGGGCAAGCUGACGGCUUCCGACAGGAUCUCCUGGGAUGAUGGCGCCUCCUGGGUCAGACGGCCCUUGUCGGCCAAAGCGCAAACCGAUCAAAACGGCAGUGGUACCAAAGCAUCCAAAGCUGGAACUCCUGUCCACCAAACAAAGACUUUGGGCGAAAAGGAGAAUCUGGCCACGAAGGCUACAUUUCCGGAGAAGCCAAACAGCAAGCUCCAUGACAGUGGCUCCGCUCCCAUCCCAAGGCAGCUCCCAAGGGUCGAGCCGAAGUCCACUGCCCGGAUCCCCCCCCGGGUCGACAAGUCAGCAAGCACAAGUAAGCCCUCUUCGGGCUCCUGCUCUUCGCGUCCCGCUACCAGUGACAAGAAGGUCACCACGAAUGGCGGUGGCGAAGCUGCCCGCGAUUCAGCCUGGCACUACGAGCGCUUCGAGGUGAUGAAACCCGUCGUCUUCGUCCGGGAAAGCCCUGGUCUGAACACGGCGAAGGUUGCCCAGGUGACGCGAGGCUGUGUGGUCUCUGGACGGGUGCAAGAGACAGGGUGGCUCUGCUUGGACCAAGACAGCCGCACAUCCGCAAAUGUGCCCGAGCAUGCCAAGGGUGCGUACAUGCUCAUUGAUGGCAGAAAUCAUGGGCUUGGCAUACUCCUGGAGUCGCGCGGCUGCCAAGGCAGCUCCAAGGGCUCCUUUGCUUCGCCCCUGGAGUUCGUUGCGCUGAGAAACCUCCAGGUGAGAGCCCGGCCGAGCCUCAGUUCUGCUUCCACAGGGCAUGUGGCUGAAGGCUCGCAGGUGCAGGGUUAUCCCGGUGCCGAGUCCUGGCUGGAGUUGGAGGGCGGUGGCUUCUUGCCUAUCGUGGACAAGACCGCCUCCGCCGACUCCGAAAGCAAGGACUGCUUGCAGCUGCAGAGCGCGCUCCAGGCAGUGGUGCCACAGACAUUUGCAGAGGCCGUCGUUGCCAGGUGGGAGCCGCUCCCGGCAGCUGCAGCAACAAGAGUCGAGUACAGCCUGGAGUGGCAAGAUGCCCAAGAGCCGGACCGCCACGGUCGUGUCAGCUUCUCCAGGAAGUGCCAAGCACAUGUUCGGUCUCUCCCACCUUCCACAACGAUUCAAGUCCGAGUCGUAUCUCGACUUUUCGCCCCCCUUCCCGGAGGAAACCCGGGAGCCAAAGGCAAGGAGGACCCGGCGUCCCGGUCAUGGCAGGAUCAUCGCCUAGUCGGUCGGUGGCUCUACGGCGCGAAGCCCUCAGAGUACCGAAUCGGACGCAGAUCUGAUGGCUUGCUAGUCUUCAUGGGCCCCCACGCUUCGGGAGCGACUGUGAUGGGCGUGCUGGAACCUGAAGGCCACUGGCUGCAGGCCGAGCUUGCCUCUGCCAGUGGCGACACAGUGGGUCACAUUCGUCUAUUCUACGACGAGGAGGAAGACGCAGUCAUCUCCAACUUCAAGAACAUCCAGAAUGUGGAUUGGGGAAGGGACAUUGCUGCAAAGAAGGGUGGUGACGAAGAAAUCUUGACCACGGUAGUCGGACGGUGGGUGCAGGCACGGACUGCAGCUGCCAUUACAGACCAAGACGAGGAGGAGUUUUGCUACGACUCCUUCUGCAACAAACGAGGCAAGUGUCAACGAUGCCCCUGUCAAAUCUUCGUGCUGUCCGAGCACCUCAGAAACCAAGAGAUGCUCUGCAGGCGGUGCGGCUGUGCGGCGAUCCACCACGCCAAAGUGGGAAAGUUCCGGUUUCACGACGGCCAGAAAGGCAAAGACUCCGAGGAUGCCAGCAGCACAGCAAGGCCCCCACAGAAGACGGCGAUGGAUGAAAUUCCAAGCCGAAGGUGGAGCCUGGAUGAUGCCACUGCGGGCGAGGAGAUCGUCGAGUUCAUCAUCAGGCAGCUGGAGCUGGCUAAGAACCUCUACGAGGUUCUCGGGGUGGCUCCCAGUUCGUCAGCCCUUGAGAUUCGCCAGGCUUAUCGGGCCAUCUCGCUCAGAGUGCACCCGGACAAGAUCAAUGCGCAAGCACAGGGCGAAGACGAGCAGAGCCAGAGCUUGUCAGCUCUUGCAGAAGACGCAUUCAAACUGGCGUCCUCGGCCUACGAAGUGCUGAAUGAUGAGAUCGAGCGAAGAUCGUACGAUCGACAGCUGUACUUGGACUGGGUGCGAACGGAGAAACCAAAGGCAAAGCCGAAACCGAAGCCAAAGGCAAGGCAUGCAGCCAAUGCGCCCACUGCAGUUUGCAAGAAGCCUCAGCCAACGGCUCCGGCCAAGGGUGUUUGGGACACCGAAGGCGAAGACGGCAAAGAUCCAGGCAGGCGGGUGGAUGAGUUCUUCAAGAACCCGACCAUUGGCACUUUCAUGAACUCUCCGUACUACGGCGAGGACGGCGUGUUUGGUAGCAGCGGGACUAUCAAAGAGAAUCCUGCGGGUGGGUUCAGCUUCGAGCUGCCCGGUGGCGGUGGUAUUCAUAUUGACAACGGAAACGGCCCCUUGUCUACAUUGUACAUGAUAUCAGCGACGCCACGGCCUCAGUGUCCCUGCAUCCGCGUGGUGCCUGCAGUGCCAGAGACGUUCAGUGCGGUUGCCGGAUACUUGUCGUACCUAGUCAAGCAGAUGGAGGAAGACUUUGCAAAGACCGGCCAUGUCCCGCUACGCCCUCGGAAGACUGGGCUCCGGGAAACGGGCUUCAUCACUUCAGCUUUGCAGAACUACCAUCGACAGCUUUCACAAACACGAGCAACCAAUGCUGACGAAAUAGAUAAUGAACCAGUGCCAGAGAAAAGCACGUUGGACUGGCUCAAUCUCAAUGCACUUGCGCCCAAAGCCAUCCAGGGAGCAAUUGACAGAAUUCGGCACAACACCCUGGCAAGCAGUGGCGACGCCGAGGUCCCGAAAGAGAUGGACGGGGAGUUGCUGACAUCUCCCCGUGGCAAGGGCAGUGAUCAGUCGGCCGGUUCCAUGGCUGGCUAUGCCCGGCCUGCCCGCAAGUCACUCAGCUCGGCCCUUCGGGCUCGUGGUGGCAUCUCCCGUCAAGCUGCGGCUGGGACGGAGCCUGAAUCGGCCGAAGGGCCAACCGAGCUGGCCGCCGACGGGCCAAGCGACGGGGCGUCCUCGCCCCCUGCGGAAGUUGCUUUGGUGGAGCCCCAGCCUCAUGAGGCCGAGGCUUCACCGGUUGAAGCCGCAGCGCCCACAGCGCCCGAGGAGGCCGAGGAGGCGGAGGCAGUGCCGGAACAGUCGGAGGAGCCUUCGGAAGGUGCUGAGGCUGCAUUCGCGCAGCCCACCGCAGACCGAACGGCAUCAGCGCCCCUUCCCGUCUUGCACGAGGAAGAGGAGGAGGAAUCGACAAUAGCUGCAGCAAUGCCAGUGCAAGUGGAGCAGCCUGAUGAACGGGCUGUUCCAGAUGCGCUUGAUGGGCUAGAAGAGGCUGAGGAACUCCCGGACAGGCAGGAAGUGCCAGCGGAGCUGAAAGAGUCUGAGGAAGUCGAGGAAGUUCAGACAGAUUCAGUAGUAGCCUUGUUUGGUUGCUUUAUCGAUGACCAUGCCAAAGACUCGGAACUGCAGAAGCCAAAGGACUGGCAGGAGCCCACAACCAGGCUCCCGAUGCCGACGCCCCUCAUGGCGGCCACUGCCUCGGCUCGGCGUGCAGCGCCUCCUUCGGUGGUGGAGGCCCCAAAGAUGGAGGAGGCGCAACAAGAGCCAGGAGGCAAACCCUUGCUUGCGCCGGAGCCGCAUCUGCGAGUCCAGACUCGCGAUGUGGGGAAGCUCAAGGAGGGAGGGUUGCCGUGCUGCAUGCAGGAACUGCGGGAGUUCUGGGGCAACAAGAGCUCGAAAGGUUUUGCAGGUCCUGGUCUAACUGGAUCCAGGCUGUCGAAAAACGAAGCCCAAGCGACCUUGCAAAGACUCCUCAUCGCAGGCGGAGAUUUCGAUGAGGUUCGAAAGCUUCGAAAGAUUAUUGCUGAGUUGGAUUCAACAUAA